ACGUUUACUCAUCAUGCUGCGCUCUCAACGACCGACUGAUCACGCCUCGCAGACGGUGACCCUCGUCUACAACUCCACGCUGGCGCGCUACAAGCCCGAGACGGUCGACUUCCUGAUGCAGGGAACGAGGACGAAUGGCGACCCCACCCCGUGGGUCGUCCUCGCCCGCAACGACUACGGCGCGGACCAGAAGAUCCUGAGGAAGGACGUCAGGAUCCCGGACGCGGUUGGCGCUUUCGGUGCUGACGUACCCAACUGGGGAGUCUGGGCAUACAUCACGUACCCGUACGACGACUACGACCCGCCCCUCGUCCUCACGGGCGGUGUCUCUGCUCCUGUGCAGAUCGUUUAGUGUAACAAACUCAAGGUACAAUCUACGUACUCGGAUCUUAUGAUCUGGGAUAAGAAUCCAGGGACUGUACAAUAGCAUCAGAAAGCUUCAGUAAUUCGUGCUUGAGAC